GGGAGGCCCAGCUCAUCUCCCCGUCCUUGGCGGGAGGUGAGGGCUCAGGAGCCGUCCCUCCCGGGGCCCUGAGGGAAGCGAUGGCCGUGACCGUUUCCCAGCGCCGGUGACCUGCGGCCCGUGGAGCCACGGGGGAUCCCGGCGUGCCCCGGCCCGUGGCGCGCUGCGGAAGACAGCAGCAUGCUGGGAGCCGUAGUCUGGCCCUCGCCUCCGGCCCGGCAUCGCUCGCCUCUGCAAAGCCCCUCGCCUGCUCCUCUUGCCCUCGGAUGGAAGGCUCUGAGGAGCUGGAGAGGAACCUGUUGACACAGCCCUGGGCUUCUGUUUGCUUUGGCGAGUCCACAUUUCUUGUCAAAGCAUGCUUCAGGGAUACUGGCUACAUCGUGCUGAUCUCUGACCUCAGCAGUGUGUGGUACGAGAGUGCAGACGCUGAGGCCGUGGGACAAAGGUCCAAGGAGCUGAACAAGCGACUGACGGUCCACGUGUCCUCCUUCCUACAUCACUUGUGCAACCUGGUGUCCCCCUUGCUGGCAGGGCAGCCGAACACCGCCACCUCCUUCUCCUGCCACCGAGCUGCGGGUGGCCUCAGGUUGCACAUGAAGAGUGACCUCUCAGGACUGCCCUUCUACUGGGACUUCCACUGCUGCCCUGCUCCCGUGGAGAUGGUGUCCCGUCACCUCGUGCGGCCCCUGAUUCGGAUGAGCCUGGCACUGCAGUACCAGGUGCAAGAGCUGAGCUCCCUGCUGAUCCAGAAAGAUGCUGAGAUUGAAGACUACAGGGAGAGCGGGGCCACUCUCAGCAGAGACCGCUUGCGGACGGAGCUCUUCCAGGAGGAAACAUUCCAGCAGAACUUCAUGGCUGAGAGCCUGCCCCAGAUCUGCAGUUUGGGAGAAGGGCAGACGUUCGCCUCCACUCUGCAGCAGCUCUACACUGCAGUGACGCAGCAGGAGGCCAAGCAGGCUCAGAAACGGCAGCACUCGGAGGACACCGAGGACCCAUCACCCACUGCAGAAACCACAGAGCACCCCCAGCCACCACCUCCAUCCCAGGAGGAUGAAACAGCAUCUUCCAGUGAGGGAACCACGCCGGCUUCCUCCCCAGCUCAGAAGCCUCGUCUGCCUGUGGCCAAGGUCAAACCGAAGAAGGCAAAGGGGCUCUUCAGCUGAAAGGUCUCUGCCACUCACCCUGAGGGUCUCUGCUCCCCCAAGCAUCCAAGAGAGGCAGUGCAGAGCACCCAUGUGUCCUCUGCCUGCUCUCCUGCAUCUACUGGUGGACCCUGCCCAGCUCAUGAUCCCCUCCCGAGGUGUGUCCAACCAGGGAGAUGGGGCAUGUCCUUUCUUCAACAAUGUCUCAGGAACCUC